ACUCGAAUCCUAUCAGCUGGACUGCCAGUGGAAGUGCUUGCUAACGUACAACUUGGACUGCAGGCUUCUCGGGCGUUACUACAUAAGCAGGAAUGGCCAUCUAUCUCGGAUCACCCAUCCUUAGACCUUCCCUCUGAUAUGUUCUUCGGACGCCUUGUCUUUCCUCUCCUGCUUCUAUGCCUUCACGGCGUUGAAGCGGCGCUUUUUCAGUCUCCGUCAGAUCUUCUUGCAAACACGAGGUACAACUAUAUCAUCGUUGGAGGCGGAGCGGCCGGGGGUGUUCUUGCGUAUCGCCUGACGGAAGAUGCGGAGGUCAACGUUCUCUUAAUAGAAGCUGGAUCGAGUGACUUCGAAAACACAAAUAUUAAAGUACCUGGGCUUCAAAGUCGACUCCAAGGAUCGCAAUUUGACUGGAAUUUCACGACGACCAAUAUGCCUGGGUUGAAUGGUCGGUCGGUAUCAUACCCGAGAGGUUUUGUGCUCGGUGGCUCCACGGCCAUUAACAACAUGGCGUUCAAUCGAGGAUCAAUGGACGACUUCGAUCGUUGGGCAGACUUUACAGGAGACGAUGGGUGGUCUUGGGAGUCUCUUUUCCCUUAUAUCUUGAAAAUGGAAAACUUGACGGCACCCACGGACCAUCGCGACACGAGUGGUGAGAUUCUGUCCUCGAUUCAUGGUCAUCAUGGGCCUCUUCGUACCAGUCUUCCCGGCCUUCGGUUACCUACAGACGAUAGGGUCCUUAACGCAUCGGCGGAGCUUUCGUCUGAAUAUCCAUAUAACAUCGACAUGAACUCGGGCAAUACUAUUGGAAUAAGCUGGGCUCCAUACACGAUCUCCAAUGGUGUAAGAUCCAGCUCUGCAUCAGCAUACAUUGCUCCAGCUCUCUCCAGAGCGAAUCUCCAUGUUCUCGUGAACACGCUCGUGACAAGAGUCGUCCAGACAGUAUCUGAAAACGAAACCGCAGCUUUCAGGAGUGUCGAGUUGACUCAAAGCGCUUCCGACUCGAUAUUCAUACUCAAUGCAACUCAAGAAGUUAUAUUGUCGGCGGGUGCAGUCAAGACUCCCCAGAUACUCAUGUUGUCUGGUAUAGGAGAUGCCUCGCAACUCUCAUCUCUCGGAAUACAGACACUCGUCGAUAUCCCAGGCGUCGGACGAAAGCUAGUUGAUCAUCCUCUUUUAGGGUCAUCGUGGACCGUCAGCUCAAAUGAUACGCUUGACAAUCUUCAACUUAAUGCUGAGUUCUUCAAUGAGCAACUCAGUCUUUGGGAGACCGAUCGUACGGGAGAAUUGAUACUGAGCGGCGCAAACCAGAAGGGGUUCUUGAGGCUACGAGACGAUGAUCCAGCAUUUGGAAAUGGGACGAUAGAAGACCCUAGCGCAGGAUCAACUUCUGGGCAUUACGAGUUUAUCUUCUCACAUUCACCUUUUGUGCCACACCGUUCAGUCGGCAAUAUAACUCUCCAGUCAUCCUCCCCCUUCGACCCGCCAGUCAUCAAUCCCAACCUCCUCGCCACACGCUUCGAUAUUCUCACCAUGGUCUCAGCGAUCAAAUCUGCACGUCGUUUCAUGUCCGCAUCGUCAUGGAAUGGAUGGAUCCUCGAAGAGUAUGGGGAAUUUGCGCAGGCCAUUACUGAUGCAGAGAUAGAAGAGUAUGUAAGAAACAAUUCUGCGACGGUAUUUCAUCCGUGCUGCACGGCAGCUAUGGAACCUAAGGUGUAUAGCGGCACUGGAGCCAACACGACGAGGAAGGCACAUGGAAGUGGAAGAGGUGGCGGAGUACUGAAGUCGGAUUUGACGGUAAAGGGGACAGUGGGGUUGAGGGUUGUCGAUGCAUCCGCAUUCCCGUUCAUCCCGUCUGUCCAUACACAAGGGCCGACUUAUAUUCUCGCAGAGCGUGCUGCAGACCUGAUCAAGGGGGCGUCCAAAAAUAGCUCCUGUGCCAUAGCACGAAGGGCUGAAGCGGUUUGA